UGAUACUGCAUAUCACCGAAUUGUAUAGCCUUGUGUUUCUAAAGAAAAUAUUAAAAAUUAAGAUUUAAUAUUUAUUUAAAUUUAUUAUAACAAUUUAAUAGCUUGCAGUAUUAAAAUUUAUGAAAUACACAUCUUAUGUUCAUUCUAUAAUGUACAGAUAUACAUUUUUCAAAGCAGCUGAUCACUGUCGAGCUGCCUUAAGUAAUAUAGUGCUUAAGAGAAAUGCUGGUCACAACAAAUGGUCCAAUAUUAAGCACAUAAAAGGAGCCAACGACCAACAGAAAUCACUAUUGUUUGCCAGGUUUAGCCGUCAAAUGAAACUAGCCAUCAGGGAACAAAAUGAUUCAAAUCCUGAAACCAACUCUAAGUUGGCAUCAAUCAUUGAAAUGGCUAAAAAGAACAGUAUGCCGAAAGAUACUAUCUUAAAUACUAUAAAAACACAUUCGAAUAGUAAAGCAGAUCCACAUUGGCAUGAAAUUAAAGGACCUAGAGGUUCAAUUAUACUGAUUCAAUCAUUGACAGAAAAUGCAAAACUACUAAAGCAAAAUUUAAAUACUUUAGUACGAAAAUCAGGCUUAGCAUAUUGUGAUUCUGGAGCUAAGCAUUUGUUUAUUCACAAAGGAAUUCUAAUAGCUAAACCAUCUGCUGAUUUGACAAACGCAACAGAAGAUUGUAUAGAACACGCAAUUAAUGCUGGUGCUGAAGAAGUAGAAACUGCCAGUGACGAUCUAGAACCUGGAUAUUUUAAAUUUCUUUGUGAACCAAAUGAUAUGCCUAAAGUACGGACCAAUCUAGAAAAAUAUAAGUACGACAUAGUACACGCCGAAGAGGAACACUUGGCCUUACAAAAAGUAUCAUUGAGCGAUAUAGAAUACGAACAUUUAGCAAAAUUUAUUAAUAACGUCCAAGGAUUACCUGAUGUCAUCCAAGUUUAUGAUAAUGUGAAUUAAUGCAAUGAUGUAAAAUUGUUGAUUGUCAAGUAUAAUAUAAUCUUUUGUUAAUAAAUGUUAUUAAUUUA